AAGCCAAGAUAUUUGAGGCAAAAACAGCAGCCAUGAUUGAAUACCAACAACACCACUUGGGAUAGAAAUGCUUAAAUGAGUGAUCUCUUUUGUUGUUAGUUCAUAUCAUAUCAUACAAUUUAAUUCAAUUCUGUUGUUUACAGAGCAAGAUCAUCAUAUGGCAGAUGCUGUUGUUUCAUUUGUGAUUGAAAGGCUUGGAGACUUGGUGAUUUCCGAAGCUGAAUUCUUGCAUGGAAUCAAAGGCCAAGUGGGGAAAGCAAAAAUCAAGCUUCAAUGUAUGAGUGCUUUCUUGAAAGAUACAGAUGCUUGGGUUAGAAAUGGUGCUGAUGAGAGAGUUCGCCUUUUGGUUGUCCAAGUCAGAGAAAAUGCUUAUGCCUUGGAGGAUGUUAUUGAGACUUAUGUCUUCAAAGUGGCUUCCUCUUCUAAUCAUGGAACUAUGAGACGUGCAUUGAAAUGGUGUGUUGGCAUUAUUGAUGUGUAUAAAGUUGGAUCAAAGAUAAAGAAGAUCUCAUCUAGUAUUGAUACUUGGACAUCAGAAUUAGAAGCACUUGGCGUACACAGAUCAUUAGGCAAUGCAAUUGAAGCGUCAUCAAGCUAUGUCCAGAAACAAAAAGAGUUGAGGAAAGCUUAUUCGUAUGUUGAAGACAAUGUUAUUGUUGGAUUCGAUAAAGAUAUCCAAGAUUUGGUUGCCCUUUUGACUGAAAAAGAGGACCCUGAUAAGCAUAAGGUGAUUUCUGUCUAUGGGAUGGGUGGUUUGGGGAAGACUACUCUUGCAAGAAAGGUCUAUCAGCAUCCUCAAGUCAGGACUCACUUUGAUUGUUAUGCUUGGGCCUCAAUAUCUCAGCAAUGUAAUAGACGCGAUGUCUUGGAAACAAUUUUAUCUGGUUUCACUUCUCAAAUAGAUGCAGAAAGAAAUCGCAUCAAAAACUUAAGUGAUGAUGAAUUAGCAAGGAAGGUUCACAACUUUCAGAAACAGAACAAAUGUUUGGUGGUUCUUGAUGAUAUAUGGACCACAACAACAUGGGAUCUUCUAAAGCAUGCAUUCCCUACUCAAGGAGACACACAUAGCAGGAUCUUACUCACUACUCGGAAUAAGGUUGUAGCUUUGCAUGCCGAUCCACAUGGUUUCAUCCACGAACCUCAUUUCCUCAAUGACAAGGAGAGUUGGGAGCUAUUUCAGAAUAAGUGCUAUUCUAUUGGAACAGAUCCAUCAGAUUCAAAUGAUGAUGAAGAAAGGAAGAAAGAAUUAGCGGUAGAGAUGCUUAAAAAGUGCUCUGGUCUGCCAUUAGCCAUCAUUGUGCUCGCUGGUCUUCUAUCUAAGAAACACACCAUACGUGACUGGGAGUUGAUGAAAGCAAAUGUAAUUCUCUGCAUAGGUCAAGGUGAUCAACAACAUGAUGUUGACUCAAAUUACCGUGGUGUUUUAGGGGUCUUGGGUUUGAGUUACAGCGAGUUACCACGUCACUUGAAGCCUUGUUUUCUGUACUUGGCUCGUUACGCUGAAGAUGUCCCAAUAAGAGCAAAAGAGUUAUGUCUUGUACUCAUAGCAGAAGGUUUUAUAUCGCCAAGAAGAGGGUCUGUGGAAACUUUGGAGGAAGUGGCAUAUGAUUGGUUGUGUGAGUUGGUGGAGAGGAGUAUGAUUCAGGUGAAAGAAAUGAGUUCAACAGAAGGAAGGAUAAAAUCGUUUUGCAUGCAUGAUCUCAUGAGAGACUUGUGUGUGUCUAAAGCCCAAGAAGAAAACUUUCUACAUUUUACUGAUUGGCAGAAUAAAGGAGAACAGCCAAUAGAAGCAAACGUACGAAGAGUUUCCAUCUAUGAUAAUGGAAAUAUUGAUGGUAGUGAUUUUAUUCAUAUGUUUAGGAACAAUGAUGGCUCUCUCAGGUGCCUCGCUCUACAAGGUGGAAAAAUUGAGUAUAGAAAAAGAGUAUUGAGACAUGCAUGCAAUCACUUCUUGAAGCUUAGAGUUUUGAUUAUUGGUCAUCAAUAUGCUUUCAGUGAUACUUUGAAGUUGCCUAAAGAAAUUGGGAAUCUGAUCCAUCUAAGGUUAUUAAGUAUUCUUGAUUGGCGUAUUAAAGAGAUUCCAUCUUCUUUUGGGAAUUUAAGAUGCCUGCAGACUUUGAGAGUAUCGACCGAGGAUAAUAUCAUAAUACCAAGUUCAAUGUGCAAGUUGGAGCAACUGAGGCAUCUACAUUUUUCUGAUUGGGGCAUAAAAUUUGGUAAUUUCUUGAGGUCAACUAAGUCUAGAAAUUUACAAACAUUGGUAGGUAUUGGUACCAAGGAUCUUCUACUGACUGAUCUUCUACAGUUGGAGAGUCUGAAGAAAUUAGGAAUUCAUGUGGAUGGAAAUUUUGACAGAUUCUUACACAAUCCCCAAACUCUCACAUUCAAUCGUCUUCUCUCUUUACAAGUAUCUAGUGAAAUUGGGGUCAACAAGAUAGAUAUUGUUCCUUUGAUAUUAAGCUGUCCUCACAUUUAUAAGCUUUCAGUGUUGUCGUCUAUAGUAAGGUUACCAGAAGUCAAUCAAUUCUCCCCAAACCUCAUCAAGUUAAGGUUGUUUCGUCUCAGACUUGAGGAUGAUCCAAUGCCAACAUUAGAAAAGCUACCAAAAUUAAGAGUCCUUAUAAUUGACUAUGAUAGCUUUAUGGGGGAUGAGAUGGUGUGCUCAAGAGGAGGUUUCCCUCGACUUGAAAGAGUGGAAAGUGGAGGAGAGUGCAUUGCCUACACUUGCCUAUUUGCAUAUUCAAGGAUGCAGGGGAUUGAGGAGAGUUCCAGAUGGAGUAAGAAACAUUGUUACACUCAAUGAGAUGGUCAUAUCUUAUAUGCCUAAGAAAUUCAAAGAAAGGAUGGAGCAAGGAGGAGACGAUUUCCACAAAGUCAACCACGUGCCAUCACGUGUAUUCAUCGAAUGUGAUGAAGGUAAUAUCUAUCUUUUGUUGUUAACUCCAUUCUUUUUCUUUUUCUAUCAUUAUUAUCUUUACUUAAAUUCCCAAAUUAACAUGUUUUUUUUUUUUUGCUCUUUUAGCAUUUUUUUUAUAUAACUAUUUUUUCUCAAUAAUUUUAUUAUUUUCUUUUAUGUUUUUGUAAAGAAUUGAAAAACCUAUUGUUAUUUUUUUUUGUAAAAUCUAUUAGUAGGGACUAAUUGAAUUAUGGAGGAGGUUUCAAUGGUUUCAUUAAAUAUGAAAC